GUUUCCGCGGGCACUGAGCUGUGUGCUGUGUCCUGUGUCCUGUGUCCUGGGUCCUGGGUUUUGGGUUCUAGGUUCUAGGUUGUGCUGUUGUCUGGCACGCUUUUUUUUUUAAGUAUUUACACAUGAUCUGAAAGGACGUUUUUAUUGAGAUCGUUUUUAUGUCAGGAUGCGACGUAAGCUGUUUUAAUUGACAGAGGAACGUUUACUUGGAAAUAUUUGGAAGUCGACUAACCAUGGCUGUGACCAUGAACUCAGUGGUUUCUCCUGUUCAGUCUUUGAUGCAGAUGUUUGAGGGCAAAGCCCAAGCUUUUAUCAAUGAAAUUGACAAUGUUCAUAUUGUAUGGCUUGAAGAGAUUCAACAAGAGGCCAAUCGUAUGUUCACAAGAGAUUUUAAUGCCGAGCCAGAGCUCAUGCCAAAAACGCCCUCACAGAAAAAGAAUACGCGCAGGAAACGUGUAUCUUUAGGGCGACAGGAAGAUGGCCAAGCCAGAAGAAGGUUUUCGAAAGGUCGACGCAGCAAUCUCCGUGGAUCCUCAUCAAGUGCUUUGAACUGUAUUUCUGAGGAGGAAACGGCUUCUCAGGCUUCUACCUUAAAGACAGAAAAUACUCGUCCAAAACGGGCUACUCGCAAAAAGCAAACAAAGGUCGAUGAAGAGGAAGGAAGCCAGAGUUGUCAUAGCAGCCCUAAAUCUGAGGAGAUUGUCAGUGUGAAAGCAGAGGUGAUAGAAAUCCUGGAUGAGGAUGAAGUUCAGGAUCAGAAAAGUGCAGGUGUCAAAGAGGAGAAACCCAGCAACACAGAAUCUCCCAAAAGUAUUCCUUCUCCAGCGUUAGUUGUUUCCAUUUCUCCAGCUGAGCGCCGGUCCGCUGAGUUGGCUGUGAAAGCAGUGACCUCUCCUGGACAUACAGCUGCAGAAACAGAAGUGACAGAGCAAAAUGCAAACAACAAAUCCCGCAGAAGUUCAGUGCGGCAUUCGCUCAAACUCCGUCACUCUUUGGCUGGACUGAGACACAGUAUGACCCAGGAAUCUGUCAGGCGCGCUUCACGAAGAUCCAUGCUUAAAAGAAAAGUGUCUCGCAUGGGCAAUUCUGCAUGUGGCAGCAAUGUUGAUGACUCCUGUAUGGAUUCAGUUGAUGAAGAGGCUGAGGCACUGGCAACAUCUGCACCCAUAGAGCAUGCUGCUGAUUCUGUACCUGAACAACCAGAAGAAAUCUCUGAGGAAGAAACGGCUUGUGUGAACGAGACUGUACUCCCUCCAGUUAAUCCUGUUGGACGUGUUACUCGCUCCGUUGCUGCCCAUUCUCCUAAACUGGCACCUCAACCACUAUUUGCAGUUAAAAUAAAUACUCCAGACAAGCAUCCAGUUACUGCAGAGAAGCAAACCUCUCAAUCAGGUCGCCGCUCGAGUAUUAAAAGGAAAGCUCCAGAUGUGGAAGAAAGUCCAUCAAAGAGAGCCUCCCCUCCCAAGAAGAGCCAAAGUGCAAUCAGGCCACACAUGAAAUCCUUCCUCCACACUGUUCAGAAGAAUCAGAUGUUAAUGAUGACACCAACUUCUCUUGGGCGGUCGACUGUUCUCAAGUCCUUCAUUAAACAUACCACUCCUCUAAGAAUGGAUCAAAAGACGAGCAGUAGUAUAGUGACGAAGGAACGCUACAAACUGGAAGCCCUUAAAAAGAAACAGGAGCAAGAAAUUGAAAGAAUGAAGAAGAUGGAGGAGGAGAAAAAGAAAAAACAGGAGGAACUCAAAAAAAAGAGGGAUGAACGACUGAAGCGAGUUUUUGAAGCUAAAGUCAAAGAAGAGCAAAAAGAGGAGGAGAAGAAAAAGAAGAUUGAGCAAAAGAUGGCUCAGAUUGAUGAGAAGCGUGUGGCAGAUGAAAAGAAGAAAAGGGUGGCCCUGAAACGCCAAGAGGAGUUGGAGCUUAAAAAAAAACUGGAGGAGGAGGCUAGAAAGAAGAAGCUUCAGCAGGAAGAAGAGAAGCGGCAGCAAGAAUUGGUGGCCAAAAAGAAAGCUGAGGAGGAGGAGAAGGCUCAGAAACUGGCCGAAGCCCGUCGAGCUCUGGAGCUAAAGCGAGAGCAGGAGCGAGAGAGAGAGCUGGAGAAGGAGCGAGAAAGACUGGCUGCUAUUGAAAGGGAAAGACUUGAGAGAGAGAAGGCUCUUGCACUGCAACGUGAGCUGGAGCGGGCUGCGAGAGAAAAAGAGAGGAGAGAGCUAGAGGAGAAGAGGAAGGCACUUGAGGAAAAACGGAAACUGCAGGAGCAGCAACUGAGGUUAGCAGCUGAAGAGAAAGCUGCUAAAGAAAAACAAGCUGCUGAAAAGCAGGCUGCAGCUGCUCUUAAUGUCACAGUGGAUAUUGAGAGAUCUGUAGACAAAGGAGGAGGAGCACUCAAUCAAACUUUAGAUAUUGAUCGUUCUGUAAUGAGCACACCUGUUGGCAAAGGGGCAGGAGGGGAUAGACUCAAUGUGACUGUGGAUAUUGAGAGAUCUCCUCAGUCAUACUCUAUCACUCCAAAGGGUGGGAACAAGAUUCCAUCCAAAAACCCCGAGGAUUAUGGCAUGGACCAAAACAGUGACGACUCCACAGAUGAUGAAUCUGCACCAAGAAAACCUAUUCCAUCCUGGGCUGAAGGACAUAACCUUCAGAUUUUUAUCAAGAAGCAAUAUUUCAACCCUCCAAAUUUGGAUGCCUUCUUUGGAAAAAUUGAACCACCAAAUCUUGAAAACAUCUUUUACAAGAACAAGCCCCGCUAUAUGAAACGCACCAGUUCUGCUGUGUGGCACUCACCUCCAGUUGGGGGCAAAUAGCGUCUGUAUGGUGAUAGACUUUUACUGCUGUAUAAAGUUGAUUUUUAUGUCCAAUAAAGUCUUGUUUGUUCUUUGUAGUUGUAAUGACAGUUUGAAAUAUUGUAACCUAUGUAUGAUAAUAUCAUGGACUUAUGGAGAAGGGUUAGCUGCUUUUUGUGAACCAUCAGAAUCUUUCUUGAAUCACAAGGGGUGAUGUGACAAGUUAUGGGAGAGUGCGUUGUAAAAAUGACACUGCAUCUACAAUAAGCGUGAUUUUGACUGGUUUUAGUUUCUUGGAAAAAUAAGACACAGAAAAGCAGUUGAAUAAAUUAAUUACAUUUUCA